AUGUUCAAAAAUUUCAAGAAGAAGGUUAAUAUAAAACCUGUCAAAAAUUUAUUUAAUGGUAAAAAUAAAGGCAAAACCGCUGAUAAAGACGAAAAUUGUAAUAACAUUUAUUACAAAAACUGUAAUCCUUAUUUGGAAUGUGACUUAUAUGAACCAAGUCCAAUAAGAAAUGUAAUCAACGACGUCAACUACAAUCACAAUGAAUCAAUCAAAUUUGAAGAAACAAAGUCAAAUAAUAAUAAUAUUGACAAUGAUGAUGAAUUUGAAGAAAUUGAAUUGACAACAAAAGUACCAAGUAAUUCAUUAGGUUUUAAAAAACAAACUUUAAAAUUAUUUAAAAAUUUAAGUAAAGAUAUAAGUGCUAAAUCUACAAAAUUAUUUAGAAUUAAAAAAGAUGAUAAAAAUAAAAAAAUCAUCAACAAUGACUUAAUCGGAAGUGAUGAUGAAGAUGAAGAUGAUACCAUCGACAAUCUCAUCAACAAUAUCAACAAAGCUUUUAAAUCUAUGGGUUGUGAAGAAUCAUUAGAAUUACUUUAUGUCGGUAGUGACAAUGAAGAUGAAGAUGAAGAUGCUUGUGAAGAAUUUGUUCAUGAAAAUAUUGUUGUUCAAGAUGAUGAAUUCAGCAAUUACUACAAUAGCAUGGACAACAAAUACAACAUCAGCAAAGAUGAUCACAACAAGUAUAAAUCAGAAUCUGAUAAAAAAGACAAAGAUGAAACAUUAGUUGUUAUGAAUCAUGAAGGAACUUUCUCCGCAAAUUCAGAAAAUGCCAAAUUCAAAGCAGUCGAAAAUUCAAAAUCAAAACCAGUGGAAACAUUAAAAUUAAAACCAAUGGUUGAAUUAAAACAAAAAAUUUUUGAUGAAGAGGAAAAUGAAAUCAUAGAGGAAUCUUCAAAAGAUUUCUUAAGAAAAGAAAAAGCUUGCAUCAAAAAAACUGCUACCGAUUGGUGGGAAAAUAAUGAAAUUGAUUCCCCUUUGACUUUGGACGAUUUAACCAAAGUUAAAAGAUGGGGAAAAUCUAAUGAUAGAAAUCUCGAUUGGAGAGAAAUUUCCUUGGUACAAACACAAGAAGUUUUAGUUGAAGAAGAAUUAUUACCAAAAAAACCAAUUCAGAAAUUGAAUAAUUAUUUAGAUUUUAGAAAAAGAUUAGAUAUUCCUUUAUGCAUUAAACCUAUGAAAUGGCAACCAAUUUUAGAAACUAUAUAUGAAGAAGUUGAAGAACCUCAAAAUGAAAAUUAUAAUUCUGAAAAUACAUCAAUAAAUUUAGAAGACAGAAUAAAAGAAUCGUUUAAUAAUUUAUUUAAAGGAAAAAAUACCAAUAUAUUUAAUGAAGAAAAAUGUCAACAAUAUUAUGAGGAAUUCGCUCAUUUAUGUAAAAAGAUUGUGACAAUUUUAGAAGAAGAUCAAGAAGAAGAAGAUUUAUCAUCAUGUUAUAACGAAACAGACAAAGAAGAUGAAAAUUAUUUGACAGAUGAUGAAAAAUCAAAUGAAGAUUACCAAUCUAAUUUUGAAGAAGAUGAAUCUUUAUUAUUAUCAGAAGAAGAAUAUUCAGAUUCAGAAAGAGAAACUUUUCUUUUCCAACCAGUGGAAAACGAUAUUAUCAAAGGUAUUGUCAUGAAAUGUCUUGACGAUGAAAUGAAUUUAGCUGAAUUAACAGAAAUUGAUGAUAAGAAAGAUGAUGAAGAAGAAUUGAAUUUGUUUUAUGAAUUAGAAUUUGAAAAAGUUUUGUUUGAAGAAGAUGAUGAAGAUGAUAUCAUUAAAGGUAUUGUCAUGAAAUACCUUGACGAAGAAACAGAACAUUCAUUUUUAAUGGUAAAAGGAAGAUCAAGCUUUGAUAAUAUGGUUGACGAUGAUGAUAAUAAAUAUGAUGAAGAUUUGAAAUUAUUCAUCAAAUUAGAGACUGAAAAAGUUUCUUUAGAUGAAUCAUCAUCAUCAGAUGAAGAUGAACAAUCAGGAUGUUGUGGUGAAAAUGUUUUGUUAGAAGAAGGAGACGAAGAUGAUGAAAAUAUUAAAUCAGCCGAUUCACUUCAGGUUAAAAGUGUUGUUUAUAAGCCUGGUGAUGAAAUUAUUAGAAAAAUCAUACAAAAUGAGUUGUUAGAAAAUAUGGAAGAUUUAAUGAAUUUCAAAACUCCUGUCAAUUUUGGGAAAUGA